CGGCGGCUAUCAUGUGAGGAACAGGUCGGUGAAGAGAAGCACCACAGCGCUGACAUUACGGCUGUUUUUAUCAACUUGUGGGGAUAGUUUGUGACUUCCACUGCCUUCAGCCUGUGGAUACGAGUCGUUGUGCUCCUGUUCCCCACAUAGACUGUAUAAGGUUCUCCAUGGACUCUGCUGCGGGCUCAGCAUGACGGCAAACAGCACACCAUAGGAGUCCCGUACUGACAGUGUGGAAGGAGGAACAGGAAAAGGAAGCAGGAGAGGGAAGAAGAGUGAGAGACUGGACACUUUUUACCAUCAGAGCAGAUGGGUGAGACGGAGGAUGAGCGUACAGCGCAGGCCAGCGUGCUCUUUGAGAACUUUGUCCAGGCGUCUACAUGUAAAGGGACUCUGCAGGCCUUCAGCAUCCUCUGCCGGCAGCUGGAGCUGGAUCCUCUGGACUACAGCAACUUCUACAGCUCACUGAAAGCUGCAAUCAGCACCUGGAAGGUCAAGGCCCUGUUUACCAAACUGGAUAAAAGGGCACAGCACAAGGUCUACAACCACAAUAAAGUCUGCCAGGGCACCAGGUGUCUGAUCAUCGGAGGGGGUCCAUGUGGUCUGCGGACAGCCAUCGAGCUGGCCCUGUUGGGCUGUAAGGUGGUGGUGAUUGAGAAGAGGGACACCUUCUCCAGGAACAAUGUGCUCCAUCUCUGGCCCUUCACCAUCCACGACCUCCGGGGCCUCGGAGCGAAGAAGUUCUACGGCAAGUUCUGCGCCGGCGCCAUCGACCACAUCAGUAUUCGCCAGCUCCAGCUGAUGCUGCUGAAAGUGAGUCUGAUUCUGGGUGUGGAAAUUCACGUCAACGUGGAGUUUGUCAAGCUUGUAGAGCCCCCGGCAGAGCAGACUGACGACAGUCCUGGGUGGCGAGCAGAAGUCAGGCCCUCCAGCCAUCCUGUCUCUGACUUUGAUUUUGAUGCUGUGAUUGGAGCUGAUGGACGCAAAAACACGUUAGAUGGUUUUGCUCGCAAAGAGUUUCGAGGGAAGUUGGCCAUCGCCAUCACGGCCAACUUUGUCAACAGGAACACCACAGCAGAGGCCAAAGUGGAGGAGAUCAGUGGCGUGGCGUUCAUCUUCAACCAGAAGUUCUUUCUGGAACUCAAGGAGGACACAGGGAUUGACUUGGAGAACAUAGUUUACUACAAAGACAACACGCACUACUUUGUCAUGACUGCAAAGAAGCAGAGUCUGCUGGACAAAGGAGUCAUCAUAAAUGACUACUUAGAAACAGAACGACUGCUGAGUCUAGACAACGUCAACCAGGAAGCGUUGCUCUCAUACGCCCGUGAAGCAGCCGACUUCGGCACAAACUACCAGCUGCCGUCUCUGGACUAUGCCAUCAACCACUACGGGCAGCCGGAUGUAGCCAUGUUUGACUUCACCAGCAUGUACGCAUCAGAGAAUGCAGCCUUGAUCAGGGAGAAACACGGACAUCAGCUACUCGUCUUCCUGGUUGGAGACAGUCUGCUCGAGCCUUUCUGGCCCAUGGGUACGGGAUGUGCUCGGGGAUUUCUGGCGGCUUUCGACAGUGCUUGGAUGGUGAGGGGCUGGGCACUGGGCAGGAGUCCUCUGGAGAUACUGGCUGAGAGGGAGAGUCUCUACCGGCUGCUGCCUCAGACCACCACAGAGAACAUCAGUAAAAACUUUGAACAGUACACCAUUGACCCUUCCACACGCUACCCAAACCUCAACUCCAGCUGUGUACGCCCACACCAGGUGCGUCACCUGUUCAUUGAUGGCAAACAGGACUCGUGUCCCCUGGAGAGAGGAGGACCCACACAUAGAUCAGCGAACUUGUCCAGAAGAGGGUCCGAGGUGCGUCCUGGCCGCCUGCUGACCUGGUGUCAGAAACAGACUCAGGACUACAGAGGGGUCGACAUCACCAACCUCACAUCUUCCUGGAGGAGCGGCCUGGCCCUCUGUGCCCUCAUACACUGCCAGAGGCCCGAGCUUAUCGACUAUGAUUCUCUGAAUGAGGAGGACGUGGCAGGAAACAACCAGUUGGCAUUUGACUUGGCCGAGCGAGAGUUUGGCAUCCAGCCAGUGACAACUGGGAAGGAGAUGGCUGCGGAGGCCGAACCAGACAAGCUGCUGAUGGUCCUCUACCUCUCCAAGUUCUACGAGGCCUUCAGGAACUCCCCAGGAAACAACAACGGUUCAAGAGAACCAGAUGAGAAUAACGAAGGAUAUCCAGCAAAAACCAACCACAAAGUGCUGAACCUGCCUCAGCCCAAGAAGAGGAUACCCAGGGAUGACAAUAAGCCGGAAGACGAUUCUGUUAAUAAGAGACGGCGAAAGGGCAACCACUACCUCUCAGAGUUGUCUUGUCACAGUGCGCCCCCUGCUGGUGAGGAUGGGGAGCUACGGGAGAACAAGGUCCGCUCCAUGGCAACUCAGCUGCUGGCCAAGUUUGAGGAGAACUCCUCCACUGCAAAGAUACGUAGCAAGUCUGAUAAAGAACCAUCUGAUGCCUCCUUUUCUCCUCCUCUGUCUCCGUCCACCACCCCACAUCCUCUCUCAGAGGAGGAGGACGAGGGUGAGGAAGAGGAGGAUGAGGACCUGGAAAACCCACGUUUUGCAAAGCCAAAGAAUCUUCCCCCUCCUCCUCCUCGGCCUCCCUCUCGCCCCAAGUGGCAGCCCUCCAUCUACCUCCGUCUUCUGGAGAAUCCCAGUGCUGUAGCCCAGGAAACCACUUUCCUCUAUUCCCCUGAAUCCUCUCACCCUCAGAGCGGCUAUAGUCGCUCUCCUUCACCCUCUCGUUCAAAGAGUCCACUAAGUCCUCCCCGCUCGCUCAGCCCUAGGGUUACUGAGCGUUACUACCCAGAAAGCACCAGUCGUUUCUCUGCUUCAGAUAUUGACCAUUCCUUUGAGGAGUCAGUGCAGCAGAGUAAAGCCCAGAGACCGUCGUUUUCUGGGAAGAGUAUCAAAGAGAGAGCAGUCCUCCUGUCCUCCAUGUUUCCUGGGUCCAACAAACCUCCUCCUGCUCCUCUUUCCCCUCUUUCUGAAUCACAGGUGGAACUAUCUACCUCUUCACCUCCUAACCUGUCCUCAACUCCGCCUCCUCCUUCUCCUUCUGCCUCUGUUUGUAAGAGCUCCACUGUCCACCCUGUAGUCCAUCCUGUCCCUGAGCCCGCUGCCCAGGCUGGUUUCUCCUCUGUUUCCCUGUGUAAUGUCGGACACAAGGACAAGAUACACAGAGAGUCCUCCACUCCCUCGUCUUACACUGACUGUGACAAAAACAAGCACAUUUCUUCUCUUGUCCUUGAUUCCUCCACAUGCAGCAUCAAAACAUCUGCUCCCCUUUCUUCUGUUGGCUGUGAUGAGAGCCAGGAGACCUCCCGUCUCCUCUCCGGACACGGCAGUUCAUCUCCCCGUCCUGUUUCUGAACUGCAUAACGAAAGCAAUGAAAGAAUACAGGAGAGUUCUCAGAAUAAUCUGGAAAGUGACCAGAAGACGGUCCACAGAUCUGCCCGGAAGACAUUAGAUGAUAAGAAAUUAGCUGAAAAUGAUCACAUGAAGUGCAAUGGGAGUGGUGCUCUUGAGAACCCUAGAAGAAUAACUCAAAAGUCAAUUGUUCGCUCUGAGAGUUGUCCAACUGGAGCAGCUGCUUACACCAAGGAACGUACAGUGGGAAAGGUAUCCUCAUCCAUCAAUGCUAAAGCUCAGAUAUUGGCCAUCAUGUAUGAGACAGACCACAGGCCCAAUGCCAUGCCGUGUGUGCCUCGUAAGGACUUACCUCCGGGGCUAGGUGGCAGUGACAUCUGCCACUUCUGCACCAAGCGUGUGUACGUGAUGGAGAGGCUGAGCGCUGAGGGUUACUUCUUCCACCGCGAAUGUUUCCGCUGUGACGUCUGUAACAGCACCCUUCGUCUGGGAGGACACAUCUUCGACUCGCAGGAGGCAAAGUUCUACUGCAAGAUGCAUUAUGCCCAGCGCCAGUCCAGCACUCACAUGGGGAGGUUCAGAAGGAGAAUGGAAGACCAACGGCGCUCUCCCUCGUCGUUGGACAGUGGGAGCUACUCGGCCUCGGGCAGCGUCCAGAUCCAGCCCCCAGGUGGGGCAUCCAGCUUGCAUUCAGACCAGCUUGGUAAAGGUCAGAAAAUAAUUCCUGAAGACACGGAGAUGGCUGUUGAAGCUCUGGAUGCUUCCUGUAUAGUCACACCCACAGCACAAGAUACUGCAGGGACCAAGGACCAGGACGGUACCAAAGAUCACUUGAACACCAAACAGAAUAAUCGAUGGAAACGGAAGAUCAAAGCCACCUUCCCUCUGAUCUUCAUCAAGCACUUCCAGAGAAGCUUGCCUCUGGACAAGGAGGGACCAGAGACCGUCCCUGAAGCAGACUCUGACUUUGAGGAGAUCACUUCAGCAGAAAAACAAACCAACUCUGACGACAGUUCCAAGACAUCAGCAGACACCCAGAACGCCUCAGAGGGGAGCGAGAAGAGCGAAGAGCACUCGGCUACAAUAAAAACAAUGUGCAACUCGUCCGCCCCAAAGAAACGCUUGAUGUUAUCUCUUUCUGACAAAGAGAAGCUUCUGAACUGGGACAUGGUGGUCGCACAAGAAGAAGCUUCUUUUAACACCAACACCAACAACACACAUCCACAUGAAGACCAGGUACAAGCAGAGACAGAAGAAGAUAAGCUUCAGACGGACUCGGGCCAGAACGGGGAACCAUCCCAGAGCCAAUCCUCUGCCCCGCCCCCCUCAGCCUUCCAGCUCAUAGCAAACGCCUUCAGGAGGACAUUUAGUGUGACCAAUGCCUCCAGCAGGUCCAACACUGCAGUCACAAUGAGGACCGAACGUGACGGCUACCGCAGACGGAGGCCCAUGUCAGAAGGAGCCUUGAACUUUACCUCCCUCUUCAGCAACGUGGGUCCAGAGGCAUCUGGAGAUGAAAAGAAGAUUGGCAUGUAUGAAGCUCAACGGGCAUCUGUAGGGACCAGUCCAUGGGGGUCCGGGCGAGACCUGCCCUCUCUGUUGCAGCAGGUGUCCCUAAAGGGUCGCAGAGACUCUGGAGGGGUGUUUGCUGAGGACGUGGCACCAUUGGCAGCCAGGCGGGUCAACUUGUUCUCAUCCCUGAGGCUGAAGAAGAGGAAGGACUCAGAGAGUGAGGGGCAAGACCAGGAGACGCAAAAGGAAAUCAGGAUGAUACUCACCAACCUCAGGAACAAAGCUUCCAGACAACAGAAUCUUGAGGAGGCAUCGUCUAGUGACGAUGAAAAUGAAAACCUGACGUACAAUCAGAAGCUGUGUCCAGAGAGACAGAGGAGGAAGCAGGAGAGGACGGUAGCCCAGCAGGCUAAAAGCGAACAGCUGAAGAGGCUUCACAGAGCUCAGGCCAUCCAGAGACAACUGGAGGAGGUUGAAGAGAAACAGAGAGAUCUAGAGGAGAAAGGAGUGACUAUAGAAAAGAUCCUAAGAGGAGAAACAGAAUCAUCUCUGGCAGAUGACAGUGACGAGGCACAGCUCUAUCAGUCCUGGUUUAAACUCGUUCUGGAGAAGAACAGAUUGGCGCGCUACGAGUCUGAGCUCAUGAUCUUUGCUCAGGAGCUUGAACUGCAGGACACACAGAGCCGGCUGCAGCAAGAUCUGCGACAGAGGAUGGCCACAGAAGACACACAGAAGAGCAGCUCUGAGCUGCAGGAGGAGCAGGAGAUCCUGUCAGAGAUCAUGAGGACGGUGGAGAAACGAGACAUGUUGGUCUCCAUACUGGAGGAGCAGAGGCUGAAGGAGAAGGCCGAGGACAGGGACCUGGAGAGCCUUGUGCUGUCUAAGGGCUACGAGUUCCACUGGAACCAGGCAGACGACAGCUGGGCGGCGGGAGAAGUUGGAGUGAAUGUUGAAUGUUGAGCAACUCAGUGGUAAAGAGCAGGGUGGAUAGAAUACAGUAUUUUGAAGAAACAGGGUGAAAUUUUACCAUAAUAGUUUGUCCCGGGUCAUCCUCAUGAAUCCGGGGAUUAAGGUCAUCUCACUCUGUGCUGGUAGUCUAAACUCAGAUACUGAGGAAGAAUGAAAAUGGAGCCUGAGCUAAUGACUUCCUUCACAGCCAUGAGCGCUAAUGACAUCUCUGCCAUUAAGCUUAUUCGACCUACGUGCCUAGACAUGUAAUUUGUCAUAGCCCGGGCUGACACUGACCUGAAACUGGAUGUACAAUAUGUUUAACCACUUCUACUAAUGUGACUGACUGCCUUUUAACAUUUCGGCACACCUCAUAAACCGAACUGACUGCUUAAAUAACAGCUGCUUUAUGUGGUUGCUUGCCUUAAGAGUGGAAUAAUUGUGACAGAUUUGUUAUUAUUCUUCUAACACUGACAGACUCACACAUGAAUAGCGCGUGGAACGACUCAGCACUUUCCCUGACGUUUUAUGUUUUGCACAGCGUGGUUUGUUUUAAAUUGUCAUAUGAAUCCAGGGAUGUGCUUUAUGUAAUUCACUGUAAGUCACUUAAGUGUAAACUCUCUUGUAUGUAUUUUAAUAUUAUUUUCCACUUUAUGUUUGUAUUUACACCCAAACAGCACUGAACACAGGAGAAAUUGAGUCCUAACUGCCACAUAUUUGUAGCCAGCUUGUAAAAUGUACCUGGUGGUGGUUGAAAAUUUCACCUUUUUACUCCAUUGUGACAUAAGUUACCACAUAAAUCAAAACUGAAUCCUUACCCUGUGACUAACUACUGUCACUUACACUGUGAUUGUUUAGUGUGUGCUGGUUUAAACCUACUGUGUGGGCUGUGAGUUAAAAUUAAUAAUGUGUUUACAUGAGUUUUAAUCCAAGAACUAGGAUCCAUACUUCUCAUGUGGAUCCUGGGCUUUAAAUGUUAAGUUUGUUUAUAUUGUAAUUAACGCUAAUUUCAGAAUAAGUUAAACUGUGUGUUUAAGUGUUGGGUUUUAGGCUGCUUUGAAUAUUUUAAAAUGGAGAAAACGAUCGAAUAAAUA